CUGAUUUGACAAAACCGGAAACUCACUUGCGCCACCUGGUAGUUCCUGUCUACGUCAUUUUAACGUCACGGUGUCAAUGGGUGCUCCGGACCUGCUCCGGACAUAUAUUGAAUAAGCGAACACGUCUUUUGGCGUUCGGUUGCUGGUGGAGUCUAGCAGGGUGGUUAGGUGGUAGCUUAUAGCAGAGUUUUUGAUGGCGUGGUGCGCGUGUUGUUUCCAGGCGAUUGUUGUUGUUUGUAGUUUCCAGGCUGUGUUCCCUUGUGCUAGUGACACGUGUGGGUUACAGUGUUUUUGAGCAGCGCCAUGAACAACGCACUGCUCGCGUGGUUCCUCGCGCGACGGCGGGAACAACAUACCCGCUCCAGCCGUGACGCCUUCGCCAUGAGGGGAGCAGCGUUUCGGCGCCAUUUCCGGAUGACGAAGAGUGCCGUCCGGCUGCUUUGCAGCGAGCUUGCGCACUUGCUGGAGCCGCCGACCGCGGGGGGCCUGAGCGUUGAGGACCAAGUCCUCUGUACCCUCAGGUUCUUUGCAACUGGCAGCUUCCAGUCGUCAGUCGGCAGUGAGGCGGCCAUCGACAUGUCGCAGGCGUCUGUAAGCCGCUGCAUUGCAAAAGUCGCGCGGGCCAUUGUUCAGGUUGGGAAGGAGCAAGGAUGGGUGGCCUUCCCACGCACCGCCGGCGAGCGAGCUGCAAUUAAGCAAGGGUUCUUGCAGCGCGGCAGGCUCGGCGGCGUGAUUGGGUGCGUGGAUGGAACGUUCAUCGCCAUCGUCGCCCCGAACCUCCCUCCUGCGCAGAAGGCAACAUAUUGGUGCCGGAAGGGCUAUUACGCCCUGAAUGCAAUGGUGGUGUGUGACUCGGACUUGAGGGUCCUGCACGUUGACCCGCGAUUCGCCGGGUCGUGCCACGACGCGCACGUGUGGCGGUACGCGUCGCUUCGCCGGCGCAUUGCCAGCGGCCGCAUUGCCGUCCAAGACGGAGAGUACCUUCUUGGCGACAGUGCGUACCCCCUGGAGCCGUGGCUCCUGACACCUGCGCCCGGCCACCCUGCCCCGCACACACCGGAAGGGCGCUACAACGCCGCGCACACUUCUGCAAGGUCAGCGGUGGAGCGCUGCAUCGGCGUCAUGAAGAGCCGAUUCCGAUGUUUGCAGCGGCACCGCGCCUUGCAUUACGGCCCCAAAAAGGCAGCGACGAUUGUGGCAGCGUGUGCGGCACUGCACAAUCUGUGCAUUGACCAAGAUGUGCCGCACACGGGCCGUGUGUACGCAGGAGACGACGACGACGGCGACCGUCCGCAUGGCGCAAGCAGCGCAGGACAGGGUGAACCACCUCGGGCCAGACGGGCACUGUAUUUGCGCGGGAGGGCGGCACGUGCAAGGCAGAUUGCAAUACUGUCGAUUGCUCGCAAUCGCCACUUGCAGCAUGUGCAGAGAGCGGUUUGCCACGCACGUCGCCUGCAACGCUAGGCCGGAGCAGUUUACCCGUUGCCGCUCCCAUGUGCAGGCACCUGUCACCGCCCCCUUCUGACCGAGCAGUGUGCGUCCCUUUGUGCCAGACGCUCUCACGUGCUGACACUUGCGCCUGCUGUGCUGGCUGUGCUUGUGGUUUUGUUGCUGCCUCCCCUUGCCGCUCCCAUGUGCAAGGCACCUGUCACCGCCCCUUUCUGCCCGAGCAGUGUGCGUCCCUUUGUGCCAGACGCUCUCACGUGCUGACACUUGCACCUCCUGUGCUGGCUGUGCUUGUUGUUUUGUUGCUGCCUCCCCUUGCUGCUCCCGUGUGCAAGGCACCUGUCACCGCCCCCUUCUGCCCGAGCAGUGUGCGUCCUUUUGUGCCAGACGCUCUCACGUGCUGACACUUGCGCCUGCUGUGCUGGCUGUGCUUGUGGUUUUGUUGCUGCCUCCCCUUGCCGCUCCCACGUGCAAGGCACCUGUCACCGCCCCUUUCUGCCCGAGCAGUGUGCGUCCCUUUGUGCCAGACGCUCUCACGUGCUGACACUUGCGCCUCCUGUGCUGGCUGUGCUUGUUGUUUUGUUGCUGCCUCCCCUUGCUGCUCCCGUGUGCAAGGCACCUGUCACCGCCCCUUCCUGCCCGAGCAGUGUGCGUCCCUUUGUGCCAGACGCUCUCACGUGCUGACACUUGCGCCUCCUCUGCUGGCUGUGCUUGUGGUUUUGUUGCUGCCUCCCCUUGCUGCUCCCGUGUGCAAGGCACCUGUCACCGCCCCCUUCUGACCGAGCAGUGUGCGUCCCUUUGUGCCAGACGCUCUCACGUGCUGACACUUGCGCCUCCUGUGCUGGCUGUGCUUGUGGUUUUGUUGCUGCCUCCCCUUGCCGCUCCCACGUGCAGG